AUAGGAACAGCGAGCGGGGUCCCGGGACUGCGAAGCACCGGCGGCCGGGCGGGGGCUCGGGGACGAUGGGGCUUCUGACCAUUCUGAAGAAGAUGAAGCAGAAAGAGCGGGAGCUGCGGCUGCUCAUGCUCGGCCUGGACAAUGCCGGCAAAACUACCAUCCUCAAGAAGUUCAAUGGCGAGGACAUCGACACCAUCUCCCCCACACUGGGCUUUAACAUCAAGACCCUGGAGCAUCGCGGGUUCAAGCUGAACAUCUGGGACGUGGGCGGCCAGAAGUCGCUGCGGUCUUACUGGCGGAACUACUUUGAGAGCACGGACGGCCUCAUCUGGGUGGUGGACAGUGCCGACCGCCAGCGCAUGCAGGAUUGCCAGCGGGAGCUGCAGAGCCUGCUGGUGGAGGAGCGCCUGGCCGGAGCAACCCUCCUCAUCUUUGCCAACAAGCAGGACCUGCCCGGAGCGCUGUCCUCUAACACCAUUCGGGAGGCCCUGGAGCUGGACUCGAUCCGCAGCCACCACUGGUGCAUCCAGGGUUGCAGUGCCGUCACCGGCGAGAACCUGCUAUUGGGCAUCGACUGGCUCCUGGAUGACAUCUCCAGCCGCAUCUUCACAGCCGACUGACCGUUCCAGGCCCCCCCUUCGAGAUGUCCAACCCACCCCUUUUCCCCCACCCCAGCGCUCCCUGCAGGAAAGGGAGUCAGCCAGCAGGGUUAACACUCCUCGCCUCCUCUGCCACCCGCCAUGGCCAUCUGCUGGCUGUCAUCCUGGCCCAACACACAUAUACACCUGGCCUGCUGCUGCCACCUCCAACAUAGAACGGGAGCUGGAGGGACACCCACACACAUAUACCCGCUGCUGAGGCUGUGGGCCUUGUCCUGCGUGACUGAGAAUAAAGCGUUCCUUGCCCUGG